AUGGGCAUGAAAAAUGGCGAGGGAAGUGAAGGAGGGGCAUUGCAGAGGGUGCUUUACAUGUGGGGUUACCUUCCCGGAGCUCUUCCGCAGAGGACGCCGCUGUUGACUCCCGUCGCCGCCAGGUUUCCGCCGAAUAGUUACUCUUGGAAUGAUGUUUGCGGCGGUGGUUGUGGAUUCGCUAUUGCUAUCUCUGAAUCAGGGAAGCUCAUCACGUGGGGCUCGACAGAUGAUUUAGGCCAAAGCUAUGUGACUUCUGGCAAGCACGGGGAAACUCCAGAGCCUUUCCCUCUUCCAACUGAAGCCUCUAUAGUAAAAGCUGCAGCAGGGUGGGCUCAUUGUGUUGCUGUAACAGAACAUGGAGAAGUUUAUACAUGGGGAUGGAAAGAAUGUAUUCCCUCUGGGAGGGUAUUUGGUGAAUCAUCCACAGGGGUAAGUGUUGAAAAGGAUGUGCAAGGAAUGCAUAGUCAAUUAUCGGCAGAGCAAGUAAGCCCUCGUUCUCAAGGCUCAAGAUCUACUGGAGGUACUGCCUCCGGUAAAAGUGCAGAAGAUAAUACAAAGCGAAGGAGAGUAUCUACAGCAAAGCAAACGGCUGAAAGCUCGUCAUCCAGUGAUGAUAGUCUGACAGCAUAUCCAUGUCUUGUCACACUAAAUCCAGGGAUAAGGAUAGCUAGUGCUGCUGCUGGUGGACGCCAUACUCUAGCAUUGUCAGAUACAGGACUGGUGUGGGCUUGGGGCUAUGGAGGUGAAGGGCAGCUUGGCUUGGGUUCAAGAAUACGUGUGGUAGCCUCUCCUCAUCUUGUUCCAUGUAUUGAUUCCUCUUAUUAUGGUAAAGAUAGAUCUGCUACACUGGCCCGAGGAAGCAUGGGUUCAGAGGGACAAAGUGUUAGAGUUCCAGGAAGUUACAUAAAGAGAAUUGCAUGUGGAGGUCGACACAGUGCAGUAAUUACAGAUGCUGGAGCCAUGCUUACUUUUGGUUGGGGACUCUAUGGACAGUGUGGGCAAGGAACUACUGAUGAUGAACUAAGCCCAACUUGUGUAUCUUCCUUAUUGGGUAUCCACAUAGAGGGAGUUGCUGCAGGACUCUGGCAUACGGUCUGUACAUCUGCUGAUGGUGAUGUGUAUGCAUUUGGUGGGAAUCAGUUUGGGCAGCUAGGAACAGGUGCUGAUCAAGCUGAGACUCUACCAAGAUUAGUGGAUUCUCCGAGUUUGGAAAAUAUGCAUGCAAAGAAUGUAUCAUGUGGUGCUCGUCACACUGCUUUAGUAACAGAGCGGGGAAGAGUCUUCUGCUGGGGAUGGAACAAAUAUGGACAGCUGGGCCUUGGGGACGUGAUUGACCGUAACAUUCCUUCUGAAGUCACCAUUGAAGGUUGUGUUCCUAAAAAUGUUGCUUGUGGUUGGUGGCACACGCUUCUUCUGGCCGAGUCCCCCACUUGA